UGCAAACUCCGCUCCAGUUGCAGUCUAAAGCUGUUCAAUUUAGUUCUCCUUCUUCAGUUCAAAUUUUGUUUUCUUUCCAUCUUCUGGUUCGAGAUCAUGCCCUAAUGCAAUGAGUCUUGAUUUUACUGAUCUUUCUAUUGAUUUAACAUGGAAAUGAUUCUGUCUACGCCCUCUGCCAGCUUUCUUCCAAGCUGCCGACGCACCCACCGUCGGCCGGAAUCACCACGGUCUCAUCCUCGAAAGGUAAUCGCUAAAUUCGAUCGAGUUCUUCAUCCAAAAGCUUCAAAAUCACGCUUAACGCCGAAUGCGCAGCAAAGAACGUGCGAAUGUUUCGAUUUGCACAGAGAUCUAAUUCCAUAUCACGAUGCAUGGUCUUGGCAAAAGAACAUCGUGAAAGAAAAAAUAGCAUUGAUCGAUGCGAACGAGGAUUGCCCAGAUUCGCUAAUUGUCUUGCAGCAUCCUCCUGUGUACACAUUGGGCACUAACAGUACUGAAGAGUUUCUUAAUUUUGAUCCCAAGGAUUCUCCCUUUUCCAUUUACCGCACCGAGCGUGGAGGGGAAGUUACAUAUCAUGGCCCUGGCCAGAUAGUUAUGUACCCUAUUAUCAAUCUACGAAAUCACAAGAUGGAUCUUCAUUGGUACCUCAGGGCACUUGAGGAGGUCAUUAUACGUGUUCUUUCCUCGACGUUCUCGAUGAAUGCUAAUCGGGUCGAUGGUUUAACGGGCGUCUGGGCAGGAAACCAGAAACUGGCAGCAAUUGGAAUUAGGGUAUCUAAAUGGAUAACAUUUCAUGGAUUAGCACUGAACGUCACCACUGAUCUAAGUCCAUUUAAUUUGAUAGUUCCAUGUGGAAUAAGAAACCGGCAGGUCGGAAACAUCAAGGAGCUGCUGCUGCUGCUGAGAGAAGCCAAGAACAGCAUACAUUUUGACAAGGAUUCCCAAUUGAUUGAUAUCACUUUUGAAGCUCUAAUACACCAAUUCGCUCAAGUCUUCCAAGUUGACAUCCAUCAGAAAACCACCCCGCCCCCAUUUUUGGAGUCCCUAAAACAAGCUCCGCCAAGCUCCCCUGGUUAGAUAUCUCUUACCCUCUAAAGCUUUAGCUGCUAAAAUGUUUCCCAUUUGCUUCAUUUUUUAUACUGUCUGUCUUGAGGCAUCAAGCUUUUGAAAAUGUUGCAGCUCUCCAGAAAAUUUAUAGGGAUAAAUCUGAAUUUAUAGCUUGUAAAAUAUAAAUUUAAGCACGUUUAGAACGUGCUAUGAUGAUAAACUUUUUUCGACAUAACUCUGAGGAGAUGGUUAAACUCCGAUUAACUUAAGAUUUUAUAU